AGAGAUUGAAGAAGAAAAAAGAAAAACGGAAAGAGAAGAAGAGGCAAAGAGGAUGGAAGAAGAAGAGAGGAAAAGGGUGUUAGAAAAGGAAGAAGAGAGAAAAAGAGAGAUUAAAAGCGAACAAGAAAGUACGGGAGAACAAGAGAAGAAUGCAGGAAACACUCAGGACUCAGGAACAGAGAGCCAGAAAGCCAAGCCAAUUCGUGAGUCUAAGAUUGGCAUGAAGAAGCCACGAGAAAAACUGGGAGAGCGCAUGGGUGCACGGAGGCUGGGGGCAAAAGUUGAGAAAAAGCCUCUUGAAAGCAUUAGUUCAGACAGUUUGAAGAAGCCUGAAGAUACUAUGUGGAAUAAAGAAGAGAGCCAGGCAGACAGUGCAGAAGCUAAGCAAGGAGAGGAGGAGAAGCAAAAGCAAGAGAAAUGGAAGAAGCAGCAACAGUGGGAAGAGCAGCAAAAGAGAUGGCAACAGAUUAAUGAAGGAGAAGGUAAAAAAGAGGAAGAAGACACAAGCUGGGGUGGUGGAUGGGGAGGCUGGGGAACAAGUCUUCUCAGUGCCGCAUCCUCUUUCACCCGUGAAGUUGGCCGAGGUGUUGGCACCGUCAUGGAGACAGUGGAAGGAACGCUGGGAGUGCCUGACCCUGAGACAUUGGCCAAGGAAAUAGCCGAGCGCGAUAGGGAGAUCAUGGAAAAGUUAGCUAAGUCAGAACAAAGUCCUUCAAGAGAGAAAACUCCCGAUGCAAAUGCAGAAGCAGAGGAACCAGAGUCAGAGAAGACAGGCGAUACUCCCAGCAGUGGCAAUGCUCCCAGCAACCAAACUGAAGGCAAUGCUGGCUAUGUUCCCAGUUAUGGUCUCGGUGGCCUGUCAUCACUAGGCUCUCUUGUGUCAGGUGUCUCAGGAGCUUUGGAGACAGCUAGCUCUAAGGUUCUGAUGGGAGGCCUUGAUACCUUGGAAGUGAUUGGAAGGAAAGCUAUGACAGUUAUCCAGGACGGGGACCCCGGGCUGAGAAAGAAGAGGGCCUUCCUCACCAGCAGCAAGCCAAAUUUGUCAAUGAUGCUUCAAGACGCACGCCAACGGGCAGCUCAGGAAGAGUCUGAUCAGCGUGAUGGCAUCCAUAACAAAGAAUCAGGGCUUUUCCAAAGACCACAUUUUGACCAGGCUUGGGAAAAUACGGAAGGCCCUGUCCACGUCGAGGCACUCUCGCUUGUGGCAAAACAGUGUGAAUCGAAGAUGAAUACGUUACUGCAGAGUAUGCCACCAUAUCUGGUCGACAGAAUUCAAAAAUCCAACCUGAGUAUCAAAAAAACAUGUGAGAUGGACGAAGAAAGUCAGCUGGAAGGAGAUUUUGCAACACAUGUGACUAAAAUUGUUUCCCAAAUCAGAUUGCCUCUGCACUCACAAAAGAUCAGAGAGGCUUGGGCAGGUGUAGAGGAGACGGCUUCAUUAAUUGAGGAAAAAAAGAAUCUGGAUUGGGCAGCUGUGGAAAAGGAAGUGUACUUAUCUUUAGCAUUAUUAAUAGCCCAGUUGGCAGCUCUAACUCACAAGGGCUCUGAGUUGGCCCUUAUUACUCCAGGAUCAGACCCCCAUGCUAUUGCAAACAGCUUUAGAGAGUUAAGCUGUUUGGUCUGUGCUGGUAUGGAGAACACAGUGGAUAAUAUAUGUGGCCUCAUCACAGCCAAAGCCUCAGCUGCCGAUCCAGAUGUGAAUAAUACUAUCACAAAUAUGUAUUUACAGGGAGCCAGUGGGAAUAGUUGUGUUCAAGAAGGCAUGAUGUUCCUGGCAUCUGUACUUCAGUAUGCCAACACCAAGCUUCUGGCUGCUGAUCUAUAAAGAACAUUAUUUUUGUUAUGUAAUACUAGUCUCCAUUCAGAAUCUAUGAAGCAUAUGCACAACCUGUUGCUCUAGUUUAUAAAAUUGUUUAUAAUGUAAAAGUGAUAAUGAGAUUAAGAUGUACAGUCAAGAACGAUUAAGGACUGUGAAUAUAGAAUAGUGCUCCUUUGGAAAGAAAUAUGUAAUAUUUAUUUUUGGAAGAUUUGUAUCACUUAGUCUAUGAAAAACAGAUAUAUUCUUAUCACAUCAUUUGCCUUCUAGUCGCAAAAGAUUAAAAAAAAAAGAAGAUAAUUGAAAUGCGUAAAAAUAAUGAUGCCACAAUAAUGGUCUGGCACCAUAUCAGAAACAUCAGUAUGUAAGAAUGAACUUAACUGGAUGUACAUGCUGAUGGUGAAUUGAGAAUAUUGCCAGAGCCACUGUAUCUUGUGUUUAUAGUAGCAUAAUGCUGUGUGUGUUGUAAUGGAUGUAAACAUUCAGGCAUCAUUUUAUUAUUCUCUUAAACUUUGAAAAACUUAUUUUAUUCAUCCUAAUUGCCUUUCAUAUAUUUACCUCUUGAAGUUGAGAGGGCAUUUAUACCCUGUCCAGUGUAGUUUUAGUUUAUUAAUUUGUAUACAAAUAGGUGGCUCCACAAGUGCUUAGUCAUGAAGGAAUCCUUUACUAAGCCAACUUGAUCUCUCCAAUUUACCUUAUUCCUUGAUUUUUUUUAAAGAGAAGUUUUUAUUUCUAUUUUAUUUUAAUAAUAAUAGUAAUAAUAAUAAUAAUAAUAAUAAUAAUAAUAAUAAUAAUAAUAAUAAUAAUAAUAAUUUUGAUAAUAAAGAUUCAAGGAAUGAGGUAAAUAGGUAAGGUCAGGCAGGCCAAGGAAGUGACUUUGUUGUAAACAAGUGCUUCUGAAGCCAUCUAUGUGUAGACAAAAUUGACAGAACAGGACAAUUCAUGUACCCAAUGUCAGUCGGUUAAUCUCAUUACUUUAGAGACUUUUUAAUGGGAUGCUUUGUAUAUUCAUUUGCCCUAGUGGAAUUGCAUUUUUGAAAUACUAUUCUAAUGUUAACAAAAGUACAGGAAUUUCUUUCUAAACUGUAAAAAUAUGUUGGCGGUAUUUAUCACAUAACGGAAUUUAUAAUCUUUUUGUAUGUAAAAUGUAGCAGUUACUAUUUCAACUUUAAUCAGAUUACAUAUUUUAGUAAGAGGAUAUUGUGUGUGGCAUUUUUGUAAAAGUUUUUAAAUGUACAGCUUUUUACUUAAAGAAAAGGAAAGUAAUAAUAAUGUGCCUAAAACCAUCAGAUAGUAUUAGAACUGUACUGGGAUGCAGUUACCUAACCAUAACAGUAAAAUCCAGCAUGGAUUCUUCAGUAUUGGAAGCUUUAACUUCUUUAAAAAAUAUUAUGGAAUUCAUUUUAACAUUGGCCAUACUUAUGCUCUAUGACACCUUCUUUGUGUGUGCAGUGUCAAUGCAUACCCAGCCUUCACCUUGGGUCACAGCACUGCUUUAGCUCUCCAGAAACUAUAAUAUAUUUUACUUAACUUUAUGAAUACAAUCCAGUGUUCUUGAAGUUUUGAAAAUGUUUAUUUUUUAUUAAAGGAUUUGCAAAA